CUCGAGUUCAACCUAAAGAAUAAUCAAUCCAAAAUGGUCUUCAAAGCCGUACGCGUACUUAUCGUAUGCGCUCAGGCGCUUAUGCUGCAGUCCAUCUCCGGACAGUGCAUCGGCGCCGGCUGGGGUGCCGCGCCUUACGCCGGCAAUUGGGCAGGCGCUCCCUUUGGCGCUAACGGUCUCUGCGGCGCUGAGCUGAUCGCCACUCCCGCUUUCUCUGGCGGCGCUCUCCCAGUGGCCAGCGCCUCCGCUAUCCCACCGAACGGAGUUUCCGUGCUGUCUGAGAACGCUUAUUGCGGAGAGCUCGCCGUACGCGGUGCUCUGCCGUUCUUGGGAACUGUGGGCCUAGAGGGCGCCCUGCCAACUGCUGGUGCCGGUGCGGUCGCGUACGGUUGCGGCAACGGAGAGGUCGCUAUGUUGAGCGAGGAUAUCGGUGCUGCUGGUAUCGCCGGUGCCGCUAUCGGCCCAUUCGGUAACGGUUACGGUUACGGCUACAAUGGUCUGGCUGGAGCAGCCAUCGGCUCUUUCGGUAAUGGUUACGGCUAUGGCUACGACGGUCUGGCUGGAGCCGCCGUCGGCCGCACGGGUUGCGGGUGCGGACGUGCCGGCUUCUACUGAGAAGCUGCGAUGUUGUUUGUAUAAACUGAACAAUAAACUGCAUUGAAGAAAAUUGUA